AUUUAAGCUCCAGAGGGCUGGGCUCCACUCAGAUUUCCUCCACCAGCUCCUGCCUGCUGGAAAGGUGACUUCAAGAGCCAGCUCUCAGAGAACACGCACCAUGUCCCAGGUUGGCCCUCAGGAAGCCCCUAUCAAGAAGAAGCGCCCCCCUGUGAAGGAGGAGGACCUGAAGGGUGCCCGAGGGAACCUGGCCAAGAACCAGGAGAUCAAGUCUAAGACCUACCAGGUCAUGCGGGAGUGUGAGCAAGCUGGCUUGGCCGCCCCGUCGGUGUUCAGCCGCACCCGCACGGGCACUGAGACUGUCUUUGAGAAGCCCAAAGCUGGACCUGCCAAGAGUGUCUUUGGCUGAAAAGCUCACGCCACUCCCCUCACCACCCUGAACACCUAGACACAGGAGCCUUUCCUGAGAACUCUUUUUUUAUGCCAGAACCUGCCCUUCUCACCUGCUGUCUCUGGGACUGCCACCUUCCCCCAUGGCCCUGGCCCUUUAGCCUGGGGGCUCUUCACCUGCACCUUGGAAUUACCAAUAAAGAGGAUGCCCAAGUGGCCUAGCACUUGAA